ACUCCAGCGGCUUAUUCAAAAUCUAGAGAAUGUCGCUAGAAUAUGCUCGUGUUGGAAACAUCGAAGAUAUCACUUCGGUUGGCUCAACAACAAGCUUUCUUCAGGCUACAGCAGCUGAGGUUAGGUCGACACGAGUAAACUGGCAAUCAUAUCUUCAGUAAGUUCCUCCUAGAUUUUGUAAGCCUGCUUCAGAGGACAGAUAAUCAAUGACGAGCAGUAUACUUUUAUCACUCGUCUUGAUAAUGCUCCUACUGCAGAAGCUCGAAAUCAUGUAAUUAGAGCAGAUGAACAGAUGACUGCAAGGGUUUUUAUAUUUAUCCUGAAUAAAAUCUCGAAAGAACAAACCCUACGUUAUAUUCUUACGCUUAUUGAUGACAUGUUACAGGAGGACAAAUUACGUGUUGAAAUUUUUCGUGAUUAUUUCGCCAAGUCAAAAGAAUCAUUGUGGUCACACUUCUUCGGAUUUUUUCAAAGAGGUGAUCCGUUCUGCAUGCAUCAGGCUUCUCGAAUAGUAGCUAAAUUCGCCUGUUGGUCUUCUCAGCUCAUGGAAGAAAACGAUUUGAUCUAUUACUUGAACUGGCUACGCGAGCAACUAACUAUUACUAACAAUGAAUAUGACUUAACUGUGGCUCGAAAUCUUCAGAUGAUGCUGCGCAUUAAGGAGUAUCGUGCUCAGUUUUCUAAGGUCGGUGGGAUUGAAACGAUUGUGGAUGUUCUUCAAGAAAAAUUAACUAGUAGACAGCUGCAAUAUCAAUUAAUUUUCUGUCUAUGGUGUAUGAGUUUUGACUCAUAUCAUGUUACUGAAAUAUGCAAAAAUCCUUCACUACUAGCUACAGUAGCAGGUAUAUUUCUUGAGGCAGAUCGAGAGAAAAUCACUAGAAUUUCAUUGGCUCUCUUUCGUAGUAUUUUAGAAAAGCUGCCCACAAGUACAGAACAACGAGAAUGUGGUUUACGUUUAGUUCAGUAUAAAGUAUUAAGAGAGUUAGAGUUGCUGAGUCAAAAAGAUUUCAGUCAUGAUCCUGAAUUGACAGAUGAUAUUGCAUUCUUGAAUGAAAAGUUGUCCGCAAGUAUUCAAGAUGUCAGUAGUUUGGAUGAAUAUAUGGCUGAAUUAAAAUCUGGUCGACUGGAAUGGUCACCUGUGCAUAAAUCAGAAAAGUUCUGGUAUGAAAAUGCUGUGAAGUUUACGGAUAAUAACUAUGAAAUGUUGAAGAUGAUAGUACGAUUAGUAGAACUUGGCAUUGACCCAUUAACAUUGUCCGUAGCUGUUCAUGAUAUUGGCGAGUUCGUUAGACACUACCCACGUGGUAAACAGAUAAUUGAAACACUCGGAGGUAAACAUCUGGUAAUGGCUUUAUUACAACAUGAAGAUCCGAAUGUACGUUAUAAUGCAUUAGUUUCAUUACAGAAAAUAAUGGUCCAUAAUUGGGAGUAUCUGGGUAAACAGUUGGAUUCAUCUCAAGGUGCAGAUGUCAAAUCCACGGGAGUAAGAGUGAAAUAGAACACCGGCUAACCACAAUCCAUGUUGAUUAACAUAUCAUCCUAUAUGUAGAAUCAACGUGUGCAUCGACUUGGCGACAAAUUCAGAAAAUACAUAUGAGUAGUGUCUCAGUAGUCAUUGUUAUGAUCAUUGUCAAUAUUUCUGCUUUGUCUGUAUUCUGUAUUUGUUUAUUUAUUUCCAAUGUGUCACCUCUGUGAUUUCUUUUGUAUACACUCUAUGUAUACAACCAAUCAAAAGCAUAAUAUAUUUUCCUCAAGCUGCUUUAUCGAAAUGGUCCUCUUUUGUUAAUUGUCUUUGAUUCCUUCUCUUCUCGAGCAAUUCACUAAUCUUUGAUUGUUUCUCUCUUUUCUAUUGCGUAUACAAAUAGAAAGACUGACUAAGAGUUGGGCCUUG